AUGGUAAGAGCCCCCUUUCGCAUCAUGUCGCAAUCAUUACACACCACCAUUAAGGAUUUACAAAAGGAUAUGUAUUAUGGCAAUGAAGUGCUCAACCGGGUUUCGUUUCUUAGAGAAGACACCGAGUUCAUUUCCAAAUCGUUAUUCCACCCCUCAACUAGAUUUAUCUUUUUCAAUAAACAAAAUCCAUUGGUGCAUAAAAACUUUGCCAAUAUGUUGACAAUCAUGACUAAUGGCGAUAAUCAAAUUUGUGUUGACCAAAUUGAACCGGGGCAGCAACCGAAUAACCUUGGAUAUACUGGUAAUUUACAAUUUAUCCCUGGUGGGUUAAUGACUCAUAUACCUCAUUGGAAUGAGAUCUUGCAUACUUGGAAUGAAGAUAAUAAGAAUAUGAAUAAAGAGUUGCGAAGUGACGGUAAGCCGACAUUUUUGUUUAUGGGAUUACUUGAUGAAUCAGUAGGGUUGGAUAUCAACUCAUUGAAAGUUGAUUGUGAGUUGAAUGGAGAUGAAAAAUAUUUGGAUCAUCAGGGAAGGUACCAAGGUAUUGCUUAUUAUGCCGUUGAUGUAUCUUCAAAUAAGGAAUUGUGUCGUAAUUUGGUUCAUUUUGUCAAUGAUACAAUCAAUGCCAAGCAACAUAGUGGUGAUAAAUCCCCUGAAGAAAAUGGGGUGUUUUUCACUCAUUCAAGAAAACAUUUCUUGAGUUUUGAACCAAAGGAAGCUAGUUUGUUUAGUCAAGGAGCAAUGUUUUUCCAUUGGUUGACUACUAAUAAGUUUUGUCCUGGGUGCGGUCAUCCAACAAUUCCCAUCCAUGCUGGAGGGAAACUAUAUUGCACUAACGAUGAAACAAUUACUACUAGUAGUAGUAGUAACAGUAGUAGUAACAGUGAUGACGCAGCUAGCUUUAAAUCUGUAUGUCCCGUCAAGAGUGCACCAGUAUCAAAUGUAUCAUUCCCGAGAACAGAUAUGGCGGUGAUAUCAAUAAUUACCAACACUGAUCGAUCGAAAAUCUUGCUCUCCUUGGGAAAGAGACAUUUUAGCUCGAAAAUGUAUUCAUGCACCGCUGGAUUCAUGGAGCCAAGUGAAACGGUGGAAAUAGCCACCAAGCGAGAGAUUUGGGAAGAAACUGGUGUAACAUGCGACGAAGUCAAUGUAGUAAUGACACAACCAUGGCCAUUCCCAUCAAACUUGAUGAUUGGGUGUAUUGGGGUAGUUGAGUUCAAUGGCACCAAUGAAUUGAUCCAUCUUGGUCACGACAAUGAGUUGUUAGAUGCCAGAUGGUUUGAUACUUCGUUUGUUAGGAAAUUGGUAUACCCUGAACAAGUGAGUGAAGAAGCUGACAAGGCAUUCAAUCCCGAGGGCAUUAUGAUUCCCAUGGGCCAGUCUAUUGCUUAUAAUUUAAUUAAAAUGUGUGUUGAUGAAGAAGAAGAACAAAAGAAUAAGGACUAUAAGUUAUAG